AUGGAGGUGGUAGAGCACGUAGAAGGAAGCGGCGGCAAGGAGAAGAAUAGCAAUGCGAAGGAUAGUGGACUAGAAGCAAGUGAGGAAGAAGCAAUGGCGGCAGCUGAAGCGUCGUCUGCGGAAGUUGUGGACGGCACCCUUAGGAUGGUAGGGAAGGGUGUAGAAGGAGAUGAUUGGGGGUGGGGACUAGGAUUCAAAAGUCGAAGGAAGCUUACGGUUUUCUUCAAGAAAGGUGGAUCCUUCCUACCAUUUCGGCUAAGAAAAACUGUUGAUGCCUCUGAAGAAAGCCAAGAAGGUAAUUCAGGCAAUUCGAAUCCUUCUCGGUUCGACUUUGGGAAUUUACCUAAUAUGAAGUCUUUGGUUUUGACAGUAAUCAAUAUGUCUUCAGGUUUGAAUUGA